CACCUCUGCAAUGUCCUCACAAAAUACUCACAAUUUAUCCCAAGGAACCUCCAAAAACCACAAUAAACAGUUAUUUAGAUACACAAUGCACCAUAAUAUGCGAAAAAGUUCAAUAUAAACACGCGAUUAAACUUAGAAAACGAUUUUUGAAAAGCACGAAUGUCUGCAGGCGUCCGCCAUAAUGUUUCCUUCGAAACGAAUAAUAUAGUUCUUAUUGCUCUUGUAGCAAUUCGCUCUAUUCGCUAUUCAAAAUGGCGACGGUGUGGCGAACACAGUGCGCGUUUGCGCGGCUUUUUGCUGGAAAAACUGGACAAAUCCUGAACAACGCAACUUAUUUGGGUACAAAACUGACCCCGGGAUCACAAUCGGUGCUGGUAUCAAAGAAAUACUCAAAUUAUGCGCAUUCUCCGUUUGUCACGAGAAUAAAGGAGCAGUACGACUAUGAAAUCAUCAAGAAGCCCCAGGAAUGGGAAUAUGUUGAAAGACUUUUGCCGUUUGAGACGCUACCCAAAGUUACCCUGAAAGACAGCUAUCCAUCAGGCUGGGUCCCGCCAAAAGAAGAGGCGCUUAACAAUCCUUAUUUCGUCCGAAGGAAUAAAUACUCCGAUUUGCCUAUAUUUUUGAAUAUAUCACAUAGAGGAAUGCGUAAAAUAUCUUCUAUCAAGAAGAUCGAGGGCGACAUCUGGAAAAUGAAUGAUGAACUCAAGGCGUACUUGAAGAUGAAGAAUAACAAGUUCGUACAGACGAGGGUUCAUGAAGUGGGAAGAUUCAUAGAAACCAAAGGAGACUAUGUGAACGAUAUAAAAGAAUGGGCACUAGCUAAAGGUUUCUAAAAAAAUUAUGUAGAUUUGAUUGAAUAAAUUUUGUUUAGAAUA